CCUGUGCUGCUACUAUUUAUUUCCAUUUCUACUUGCCUAGCUUCUGAGCUGUACAAUAGUCAUAAGCAGAGAACCCAGAGAAGCAAACUCAAGACAGAGAGAUUCUUUCAUUCAUCUAUUUUUGUAGUUUACCUAUUUAAAAGACAAACAGAGUAAGGUCUAGUACCAUCACUCUUUCUUCUUGCAAUUUAGAGGUUUGGGGUCUGUCACUGAAGUAUUAGCCGGUGUAAACAAUGGGGAGACCAGUUAUGCUUUAUUUGGUUUGUGCGAUUUUAGCUUUCUGGAGUAGUGGCUCUCUGGUCACAGCAGAAGAUGCUUAUAGAUACUAUACAUGGACUGUCACCUAUGGAACUGCUUCUCCGUUGGGUUUCUCUCAACAGGUCAUCCUCAUUAAUGGUCAAUUUCCUGGUCCCAAACUUGAUCUUGUAACAAACGACAAUGUCAUUCUCAACCUCAUCAACAAGUUGGAUCAGCCUUUUCUCCUCACCUGGAAUGGGAUAAAACAAAGAAAGAAUUCUUGGCAAGAUGGAGUCUUGGGAACUAAUUGCCCUGUUCCUCCAAACUCAAACUACACGUACAAGUUCCAAGCAAAGGAUCAGAUUGGGUCCUACACGUAUUUCCCAUCAACUCUGCUGCAUAAAACUGCUGGAGCAUUCGGAGCGCUCAAUAUCUGGCAGAGAUCUGUAAUUUCCAUUCCAUAUCCUAAACCUGUUGGAGAUUUCACUUUACUUAUUGGUGACUGGUACAAGUACAAUCACAAGGUCCUGCAGCAGAGGUUGGAUGCUGGGAAAAAUCUGCCUUUCCCAGAUGGUGUCGUCAUAAAUGGCCAGGCCCAUCCUUCCUUCGGCGGUGACCAAGGUAAAACUUACAUGUUCAGGAUCUCAAAUGUUGGCUUCAAAACCUCCUUGAACUUUAGAAUUCAAAACCACAAAUUGAAGCUUGUUGAGGUUGAGGGAUCUCAUGUCAUUCAGAACACUUACGAUUCUCUUGAUGUUCAUGUGGGUCAAUCUGCGACUGUUCUUGUCACUUUCGACCAGCCUCCCAAAGAUUACUACAUUGUUGCAUCUACUCGGUUCACAGAACAAGUUCUUACUGCUACUGCUGUUUUACACUACACAAACUCUAGGACUGCAGUUUCCGGACCCUUGCCAGCUGGUCCAGCACCUAAGGAUGUCCAAUGGUCCUUGAAUCAAGCCAAAACCUUGAGGUGGAAUUUGACAGCAAAUGCUGCCAGGCCAAACCCUCAGGGCUCUUUUCAUUAUGGGAAAAUCAGUGUAACAAAGAGAUUCGUGCUGGCCAACUCGGCACCUCUUAUUAAUGGGAAGCAGCGUUUUGCUGUGAAUGGUGUUUCCUAUGUUAAUCCUGACACUCCACUAAAGCUUGCUGAUCAUUUCAACAUUCCUGGAGUUUUUGGUUUAAAUUCCAUUGAGAGUUCUCCCUCCGGGGUCUCUCCUCACUAUGGUGUGUCUGUGCUGUCAACAUCUCUCCAUGACUUCAUCGAAAUUGUAUUCCAGAACAACGAGAGAUCUCUGCAGUCUUGGCAUCUUGAUGGAUAUGACUUCUGGGUUGUGGGUUAUGGGGCUGGGCAGUGGACUCAAGCGAGUAGAGCAACAUACAAUCUUGAAGAUGCUCUUACUAGACAUACUGCACAGGUUUAUCCCAAUUCUUGGACGGCUAUUUUAGUUUCCCUGGACAACCAAGGCAUUUGGAACUUAAGGUCUGCCAUAUGGGAAAAGCAGUAUCUUGGACAACAAGUUUAUCUCAGGGUCUACACUCCAACUCGUAGUCUUGCCAACGAAUACGACAUACCAACUAAUGUCCUCCUAUGCGGCAAAGCUGUUGGAAAACAUCCUUAGUCCAUUAUCUAGUUAUGAUGGCUAAAUAUGUUACUUCUCAGUCAUAAGAGUUUGACUGUUUUAUAUAGAGAGAGAGAAGAAAAUUAUGGGCUUAUUUAAGUGUAUACCUUAAACAUUAUAGCUAACUUAUUAUUCUUUUGCUUGACUUAUUCAACAACUGGUGAUUUGAUUUAGUCUGAUUUAUAUGUGAAUUCUGCU